GGAUGUGCAGAAGCCUUCUGAAGAUGAGUGGGGGAAAACCGUGGAAGCCAUGGAAGCCACCCUGAACCUGGAGAAGAACCUGAACCAAGCCAUUUUGGAUCUUCAUGCCUUGGGUUCUGCACGCACAGACCCCCAUCGCUGUGACUUCCUAGAGAACCACUUCCUGGAUGAAGAGGUGAAGCUCAUCAAGAAGAUGGGUGACCACCUACCUAACCAACCUCCGCAGGCUGGCUUCCCCUCAGGCCGGGCUGGGCGAGUAUCUCUUCGAACAUCUCACCCUCAAGCACGACUAGAGAACCCCAGAGUCCAGCAGCCUCUGGAGGCCAUCUGUGCAUCGCGUGACAUCAGGGUUUCCACCUGAGCCUCUCCCUCUAGCCAUGGGCAACUUCCUAACUAACCACCCCGGAGCCUUUC